CCGCACUCGGGCCAUGCCCAAAUGCUCCCUCAUUGCUCCCUCUGGAGCUGCAGGCAGAAGCAGCGAGAAGCCCGGCCCAGGCAGCCCCCGGUGGGCACUGGCAGCCCCAGAUCCCAUCGGUGAAAGGGCAGCGUGGAGGAAAACCCAGCGCGGGGGGAACAGCAGAGUGGGUGAAAGCUGGCCCAGCCCUGCCCGUGGCAGCCUGUGUUUGCCAGCUCCGUGUGCUGCUGCUGAGGGGUCUGCAGCCCCCUGGGCUGUGCCCGGCACCAUGGUGGGUCAGAGCCCUGCCGAGCCCAGGGCUGCUGUGCUCCUGCAGCCCUUCGUGCACCAGGUGGGAGGCCACACCAGCAUGCUGACCUACGAUGAGCACACCAUCUGCAAGCCCCUGGUGUCGCAGGAGCUGAGCUUCUACGAGUCCCUGCCCCUGGCCAUGAGGCAGUUCACGCCUCAGUACAAAGGCAUUGUGUCCGUGCACCUCAAGAAGGACAGCCUGGGCAACCUGACCCUGAUUGCGAGCCCUGGCCUGGGCCAGCCCGACACCUGCGGCCGCCUGGACAGCGCUGGGGGUGACCCCGCUGUCACCUUGUGGCACAAAUGCAAGUGGAGCCACACCCAGGUCACCAAGACCUUCAAAGACAGCUGUCCUGGGAAGAUGCUUUUGAGGACAGACCUGCAGUACCACACAGAUUCCCUUUUGGAGGAUGCAAAUGGGAAGCAGGCAGAAAGGAAGAGCUACAACCCCUGGGGACUGCACUGUCACCGGCAGCACCUGAACCGCAUGUCCUCCAAGCACAACGAGAACAAACUGCAUCAGUUUCUCCUGCUGGAAAACGUGGUGUCCAAGUACAGCUACCCCUGCAUCCUGGACCUGAAGAUGGGCACUCGGCAGCACGGGGAUGACGCCUCAGAGGAGAAGAAAGCUCGGCACAUCAAGAAGUGUGAGCAGAGCACCUCGGCCUCGCUGGGCGUGCGCAUCUGUGGGAUGCAGGUUUACCAGGCAGACACCGGCCAUUUCCUGUGCAAAGACAAAUACUACGGGAGGAAGCUCUCUCCGGAGGGAUUCCAGCAGACCCUGCGGCAGUUCCUGUGCAACGGGAACCAGCUGAGGACAGACCUGCUGGAGCCCAUCAUCCUGCGCCUCAAGGCCCUGCUGGCCGUGAUCAGGAAGCAAAGCUCCUACAGGUUCUACUCCAGCUCCCUCCUCAUCAUUUACGACGGGCAGGAGCACAAGGAGGGUGUGGAUCAACACCUCCCCUUCCCAAAAACUCACAGCACGAACCCCUCCAGGGUGGAUGUGAGGAUGAUAGACUUUGCCCACACCACCUUCAAAGGCUCCAAGAGCAACCCCAACCCCACCCCGUACGAUGGGCCGGACCACGGCUACAUUUUUGGCUUGGAGAACCUCAUCAAAAUCCUUCAGAGCCUGUUGGAAGGGAAGUGAGAAUUUCUGUGAUUUCCUAAUGACUGAUAGCCCUGAAAAUCCCUCCUGGGGUCGGCUGUGUGGGACCCUCCAGCCGCUGGAUGCGGCACGGAACGAGCACGGAUCAGUCGGGAAGUGCUGAAAAUUUUCCGUGUGCCGUCACUGAACUGAAGCGUGGAAAGCAGAGAGCUGGAAGAAUCUGCUCUCUCUGCCAUCCAUCAGAAGAUUUAUUCUCCUUUCUGGUUUUACUGCUGUCCUUGAUUUAUUUGUGAGCCAAAGAAAGCAUUACUUGGGAAAAGUCUUAAUGAUAAACCAGGAGAUGCUCGCCCCGCAGCCGAGCGGGAGGAGGGGGUUUGAGGCAGGAAUGAACAGAUGCAGCUUCCAUUUGGAGCUUCCCUUCCUGCUCCUGCUCAGGUGGGAGGGAAAAACACCCUCCAACAUUCCCAGUGCCCCUGGCUGGGAUUCUCUGUGCGUGUGUUCAGACCAAGAGCUGCACCUCACCAAGCUUUAACAUCCCUGUGGGGUUAGAACAGGGAAUUUUCCACGGAUUUCCUAUGAAAGAGGCUCCACUGGGGCUGGAGGUGUGGGAAUGCAAUGACUCUGUCAGGUAUCAGCCACAAAAAACAUUCACAUCAAGGGAUUUUUGCUUAAAAAAUACAAGAAAAAAGGAAAAAAAAAAACAGUGUGAGAUUGAGUCAGGGACUGGACGUCAAAGGUCACCCAGAAAUUCUUUGAUACAAAUAUUGUGUGUGUGUAUGUGUGUGUGUGUGUGUGUGUGUGUGUGAAGGAGACAGUAACAAAAGACUCUAAAAAUAAUGUUUACAGCUUUUGUGGACAGAUUUUAUUAUCAUGAUGGAACAAACACAAUUCCUUCCUGCAUGGUGUGGGAAAUCUGAAGGAGAAGUCCUUGCACAAGGAACAGAGCUACAGAACUCCAUUACUGGGGAGAGGGGAUAGAAAUAAAAUUGUGGAAAUAAGUCCCA